UAGUGACGUCAUGCCGUCCACAAACAGUAGAUCCAGCACCUCUUACGCAAACACCAUAGAUGGGUCUGAGCUGGCUGAAAGCUCUGGCUGCGUCUACUCGUUACACAUUUUGGAGCCAAAAGGACGACCAAAUGUGGAGUUGUCUGCCCGACACGGCUUUGGUCGAGAUCUACUUGUGUCUACCGGACCAUGAUAGACUGAGCAUGUCGCUGACCUGCAAGAACUGGAACAACGUGUUUUCUUACCCCUGUCUUUGGAGGACUCGAUACAUAGAGCUUGGUGGCUACAAGGCCAUAUCUGCAGGUGAGAGAGCUUGCAAGUUCGCCGACAGUCACGGGGACCACGUGAGGUACCUCUUCCUGUCCUGUACCCACCCGUCGAGUCAUUCGUGCAAAGUCAUCCAGAUGACCAUCGAUAACUUCCUCUUCAAGAUUCAAAACGCUAAGCUCCUUCAUUUCGAGCUCGUCAGGCUCAACUUGGACAGGUUUUGGAAGUUUGAACAUCUUAAAGAGAAAAUAGUACACAGUUUCGCGCGAUUCUUGCUAGGUCAGAGAAACAUGCUAAAUUUCGAUAUGGGAGACGCGCAUUUUUCACUUACGAGCGGGUGUCGAAUAUUGGAAGCUAUUGGAAGCGCGUCUGGCAGUACUAUUAAAGAUCUGGAUAUUGAAGACUUCUUUCACUCGAGGUUGGCCAUGUUCCAAGUAAAACGAUUUAGAAAUGCUUUCGCCAUGUUUACUAAUCUUUCAUGUUUGUCACUGAAUUAUAACUGCUUGUCGGAUGAAAUAUUUGAGUGCCUGGCUAAAACACUUGCUGGCAAAUUGAAGAAUAUUAGUUGUACGAUAUACAGGACUGAUCCACAUUAUCAUCGAAUUUCGUCAUUUUCAUGGAAAAAUUUAAAAGCAGUUUGUCCAAGUCUGACCGUCGACUUUUGGUUUGAGAGUAUCGGUAUGUCGGUAGACAUCAACCGAAUUCUCGUACCGGAAGCUCCAGUUCGUGAAAUGCAUCUAUGGACAGGUUUCGACGACAGCGCUGAUUGGCAGCUCGGUGAUACUAUUAACCACAUAGCCGCCCAUCACAAACAGAUAGGUCUGAUAUCGAUGGAGUUGGACAACAACCGGGAGUCGGUGGACGGUCCUCUGGUCGCCAUGGUCCGUGAAUGUAAGGGUCUCCGAGAACUGUACGUCAACGCCGUCCUCGCCGUGGCCACUAUAGACGAAAUCUGCGAACUUCAAACAGACGGCAAAAUAGAUCUGCAUACGUUCCACGUGACAACUUGUGGUCUCACAGAACUGGAAUGUGCAGAGCUAUUGUUCAUAAAGGAGAAACACCUUCCCGUCAUGCAACAGAGGGGCCUCGAUUUCAAAAUGUCCUCCGAUUAUUAUACUGAUUCCCUGUAAAACAACCGAUCAAUGCUUUAUGAAUAUGAAACAUGUGGGGAAUGAGUAAUCACGUGGAAUAUAUAUACAAAUAAUUUACAUCUGUUCUGGUGUAGUUAAUAAAAUUAUAUUCACUCUUUUUAAAUUACGUAAUAUUGAUCUUGCUGCCGUUCAGUGUCGGGCUAAGCAGUCCGGUAAAUGAACUGGGGAGCCUCAGAACCAAGUCAGACUGUAUGCCUAAUACUGUCAUAAUAUACGUUGUUCGUCGAUUAAACACUACGGACACAAUUUAUGAAGCGUCCGUAGGUAUUUAAGCAUUGUAAAUGUGUGUAGUUGCACGUGUGUACAACAUAAACAGGUGUUUAAGCAUUGUAAAUGUGUGUAGUUACACACGUGUACAACACAAACAGGUUUUUAAGCAUUGUAAAUGUGUGUAGUUACACGCGUGUACAACACAAACAAGUGUUUAAGCGUUGUAAAUGUGUGUAGUUACACGCGUGUACAACACAAACAGGUGUUUAAGCGUUGUAAAUGUGUGUAGAUACACGCGUGUACAACACAAACAGGUGUUUAAGCAUUGUAAAUGUGUGUAGUUACACGCGUGUACAACACAAACAGCUUUGUAAAUUCGGCCCAUUGUGUCUAUUCUAAACUGUCGUGAAACUGGCUCUUAGGUAUGAAUGUUGAUGUCACUUCAGUCAUUAAUUAUACAGACAAUGAACACUG